AUGGCCACUGCUGAGGGCGGCCACCCCUUCGGGAAGGAGGCCAUGAUGGACAUCGAAAUCAAGCCCAAGCCCUCGCAGCCUCACUGGUACGAGAGGUACCUCCAGCCCUGCGUGGCUGAGCUGCUGGGCACUGCCCUCUUCAUCUUCACGGGCUGCCUCUCGGCGCUGGAGGAUGUGGAGGGCAUGGGGAGGCUGCAGCCUGCCCUGGGGCACGGGCUGGCCCUGGCAGCCAGCAUCGCCACCGCCGCUGACAUCAGUGGAGCCCACUUCAAUCCCGCCGUGUCCUUGGCUGUGUGGCUGGUCGGUGGGAUGAACAUCACGAUGCUCCUUCCUUACUGGGGCUCCCAGCUCUGUGGAGGGAUGAUAGGAGCUGGCUUGGCAAAGGCCGUGGUGACCAGCCAGCGGUACGUGGCCUCCCACGGAGGAGCCUUCGGCAGCAUCGCGGACGACGAGCAGAUCCCUGCUGCCCUCGUGGCUGAGAUUGUCCUGACCACCUUCCUCAUCCUCGUGGUCUGCAUGGGAGCCAUCAACGGCAAGACCAGGACCCCGCUGGUGCCUUUGCACGUCAGCUUCGUGGUCACGGCCGCCGUCCUGGCAGGAGGUGGUGUUUCUGGAGCCUGCAUGAAUCCUGCCAGAGCCUUUGGGCCAGCUGUGGUAGCAAAUUACUGGGACUAUCACUGGGUUUACUGGGUAGGGCCCAUGGUUGCUGCCCUCCUCAGCGGUGUCCUGGUGAGGCUCCUGAUGGGCGACCGGACCACCCGCCUGUUCCUGAAGUGA